UGGCCGAACCAGGGGCAGGCUUUGAUUCACGGGGCCUAGGCCUCAGGGCUCAGAAGAAACUCCUGGGGAAGAUGUCCAGUAAGAAGAUUGCCAUGUCCUUCAUUGAUGAGACCACUGGCCGAUUGCUGGACAAUGCACAUCGACUGUUGAGGCAGUACAAAGGCAGCAAGAAGGAAGCAGACAAGUUACUCAAGUACAUCAUUAAAUCUGUGGUCAAGAUUGGCAUACUUUACAAAAAUGACCAGUUUAACAGGGAGGAGUUGAACAAUAUUGAUCAGUUUAAGCAGAAGUUCCAUGCCCUGGCUAUGACUGUGGUGUCAUUUCAUCAGGUUGAUUUCACAUAUGAUAAGGCUUUUAUGCGACAGAGUGUGGAGGAGUGCCGGCAGCUUCUACAGACCAUCAUCGAAAGGCAUCUGACCGACAAAUCCAAGUCAAGAGUAGAUUUGGUGUUUCAUACGUUCUAUGAGCCAGAACUGUUGGAUGCUGUCUUCACAGACAAGACCUACAAGUCUCUCAUGGAAUCUGUUGUGAUAGACCUGAACACUCUCAUGGACGAAGGAAACUUGUGA